AUGGCGGAGCCGAGAAGCUCAUUUUCAAGGUAUCAUAAGUUUUUGAGCUCAAUUGUCUUGGUUUCUAUGAGAGAUAUAAAGUCCUCCAACAACACCGACUACCGUAUCUCUCCAGUUUUCGGAUUCAUCGAUCCAGCCGGUUGCCGAGAUAUCAUAAUCACUCGAAAUGCUGGAGCCCCAAAAGAAGACAAAAUUGUCAUUCAUUUCGGCGCUGCACCAGCGGACGCAACCGAUGCUCAAGCUGCAUUCCCAUCGAUUACUCCAGCCGGAACUCUGACUAUUCCGAUUUCGGUUACAGCAUUAUUUGUUUACCUAAGAACUUGGAAUUCUGAUUUUAUGACGUUAUCAGAGGCUGCGAAAUGUGCGGCUGCGAAAUGUCUGGCUGCGAAAUGUCUGGCUGCGAAAUGUCGCGGUUGCGAAAUGUCUGGCUGCGAAAUGUCGCGGUUGCGAAAUGUCCGGGAGCCGAAAACUUUACAUUCGUAG